AAUCCAGCCAAUCACAGUCACACACGACCGGCCGUACUCUGGUCCGCUUUGACUGGGAAAAGAGAAGCAACGAUGAAUAAAUAUCGGCCAACACAUGGGACUGUUGAGAAUUAAGCCAAACACUAGUAAAGAAUAGCAUCGGCUGAAGUGCGCGAGACAACGAGAGUGGACCUGUCUGAUGCAAGUUGAACCAUGGUUUCCAUCGACCAUGUCGCUCACAAAUUACUGACUUACAUCCCUUAUGUUCUUGUUUUGAUUGACAUGAGGUAUGAAGGAGUGAAAUGUGGCAGGGAUGGCAGUGUGGACAGUCACAUGGAGAUGGGGAAGAAACUGCUCGCCGCUGGCCAGCUGGCCGAUGCCCUCUCUCAUUUCCAUGCUGCUGUGGAUGGAGAUCCCAAGAACUACAUGGCCCACUACAGGAGAGCUACAGUGUUUCUAGCCAUGGGGAAGUCAAAGUCUGCACUGCCCGAUUUAAGCAGAGUUAUUGAACUCAAACCUGACUUCACAUCUGCACGCCUUCAGAGAGCAAAUCUCCUUCUGAAGCAGGGGGAACUCGAUGAAGCAGAGAGUGACUUUAAGAAGGUGCUGAAAUCCAACCCCAGCGACAAAGAGGAGAGAGAAGCCCAGAGUCAGCUGAUACAGGCGGAUGAAAUUCAGCGACUAGUGGCUCAGGCACGCAGCAGCUUCAACAGCCAGGAUUAUGUGACAGCUGCUGCCCAGCUUGACACUAUCAUUGAGACUUGCGUUUGGGAUGUUGCCUCUCGUGAGAUGCGAGCAGAGUGUUUUAUUCUAAUGGGAGAGAUGGGGAAAGCCAUCAAUGACCUCAAAGCUGCAUCCAAGUUAAAGAAUGACAAUACCCAGGCUUUCUACAAACUCAGCUCCAUCUACUAUAAUCUUGGAGACCACGAGAUGUCCCUCAAUGAGGUUCGAGAGUGCCUGAAGCUUGAUCCUGAUCACCAACAGUGUUACAGCCAUUACAAGCAGGUCAAGAAGCUCAACAAACAGAUCCGGUCUGCAGAGGAACUCAUCCAAGAGCAGAGGUAUGAAGACGCAGUGAGCAAAUAUGAGACUGUCAUGAAGACCGAGCCCAAUGUGCACCACUUCUCUCUCCUUGCCAAGGAGCGCAUGUGCCAUGCAUUGGCUCAGGCCCAGCAGGCUAGCAGAGCUUUGUCAGUAUGUGGAGAAGUUCUCCAGUCUGAUCCGGAGAACGUUAACGUGCUGAAGGACCGAGCUGAGGCCUAUCUCCUAGAUGAACAGUAUGAGGAAGCUAUUCAGGACUACGAGACUGCGGCACAACACAGUGAGAACGACCAUCAGAUAAAAGAAGGCCUGGAGAGAGCUCAGCGACUUCUCAAACAGUCUCAGAAGAGGGAUUAUUAUAAGAUCCUGGGAGUGAAGAGAACUGCCCAGAAAAAAGAGAUUAUCAAAGCCUACAGGAAACUGGCACUACAGUGGCAUCCGGACAACUUCCAGGAUCCAGUGGAAAAGAAGAAGGCUGAGAACAAGUUUAUAGACAUCGCUCGGGCUAAAGAAGUUCUCACUGACCCAGAGAUGAGAACCAAGUUCGACCACGGGGAGGAUCCCAUGGAUCCGGAGAGCCAGCAGGGUCGUCAGCAGCAUCACCAUCAUCAUCAUCAGGGUUUCAAUCCAUUUGGCUCUGGACCGUUCAACUUUAAGUUCAACUUCAACUGAGGAAGUUCAUAUCCAGCGUAGCUGGAGCAGAUUGUGGAUUUUCCUCCCUAUUAAAAGGGAGCUCAAUGGCAUGAGGAAUGUCUCACAAAGGACGAGGAGCUAAUCGUGACUUUAAUUCAGUGACCUUAAUUAAAUAUGUAUCUUUGUUGUUGAAUAAUACAACUUUGAAUUCCAUUUGGGGAGGGUCUGUUGCUAUGCUAACAAAUAUCUGCCAUGUGUGGAGCAGCUUUUAUCCGUUAUAUGCGAGUGGUUGAUUCUGACACUUGCAUCCUUUCCAAGUAUUGUACAAUUAAUAAUCCAUUCAUAAGAUUCAACUUUUACAUAGGCGCAGUACUAUUUUUAUAUGGAUGGAGUUUAUCGAAAUGUAAAUAAAGACCUAUUUAUGUACCUUUUUUUUUUUUUCAGACUGUCUAUUAACUGUUAAGUGGCAAGUAUUUAUUGUUCUCCCACGAGACAGUAAUUUAAACAUUUCUAUUGGACAACACAGUAGAGGAUUGUGUCCUGAGAGCAGCACCCUUGAGUUUUUUUAAUUUAAGAUGGGGGGGCUUGAGCAGCAACACCUGUUAUACCUGAGACAAAAUAAACACUGAUUUAUUGUGGAA